CGUCCAGCAGAAUAUAGAUAUCAUUUUAUGCACAUGAUAAUGUUCUUUUAUGCACGGUGGUACAUACGGUAUCUGAACAUUAGGUUUCUUGAUGCAGUCAUCAGGAUUGCUUAUCAAAAAAAGAAAAUUACAGUCAUCAGGAUUGUGUCCGGCUAUGAUGUCUUCCCUCUCAAAGCCUCAACUCUCACUGGGGUGCCAUGUACACGUUAUCUUACGUGUAUCUCACGCCGUAGUAUGAAACACGAAACGUUCUGCGGAAAUCAAUCUUUAUCACCGGGCAUUCCCGCCAACUCCAAUCCCAGUUUGGCUUGGAUGGAUGAGGCUUUCCGCGCCCCUCCAACAAAACCAAGCCCUCCGACGCGCCCUGGCCGCCGUCGCUUCCUCACCCGGCCCGGACUACCGCGCCUACGGGCUCCUCAUCCAGCACUGCGCCGACCACGGCCUCUUCCGCCAGGGCCGCCAGCUCCACGCCCGCCUCCUCUUCCUCUCCGUCCUCCCUGACAACUUCCUCGCCUCCAAGCUCCUCUCCCUCUACUCCCGCUCCGCCCGCCUCCCCGAGGCCCGCCGCUUAUUCGAUGCCGUCCCUCGCAAGAACCUCUUCUCCUGGAACGCCAUGCUCCUCGCCUACGCCCUCCACGGCUGCCCCUUCGACGCCAUCCGCCUCUUCGCGUCCCUCCCCUCCUCCCUCGCCCCCGACGCCUUCACCCUCUCCGCACUCCUCAAGUCCCUCUCCUCCCUCCCCACCUCCUCGCUCCCCCGCCUGGCCGGAAGGGAGGUCCACGCCUUCUCCCUCCGCGCUGGGCUCGACGCCGACCUCUUCGUCUCCAAUGGACUGACAACGCUCUACGCUCGGACGGACGAUUUGACCUCCGCAAGGAAGUUGUUCGACGCGAUGCCCAAAAGAGAUAUCAUCUCCUGGAACUCCAUGAUAUCUGGGUAUUCUCAGGGUGGAAACUACGACGCGUGCCUGCGACUAUACCAGGAGAUGGAACAGGGGCGGGACGGCGUGGUCCCUAACGGGGUCACGGUGGUUAGCGUGUUGCACGCUUGUGCUGAACUCAAGGACCUUGUUUUUGGUAUCAGAGUUCACCGGAUGGCAGUGGAGAAUGGGAUUGAAAUGGAUACGGCGUUGUGGAAUUCGAUCAUCGGGUUGUAUGCCAAGUGUGGGAGCUUAGAUUAUGCUCGGAGAUUGUUCGAAGAGAUGGCCGAGAAGGAUGGCGUCAGCUACAGCGUGAUGAUAACUGGGUAUAUGAGCUAUGGGUUUGUGGAUCGGGCAAUGGAGCUCUUUUGGCGAGUGGUGAAUCCUGUUCUGAGUACAUGGAAUGCUGUGAUAUCCGGUCUCUUCCAAAACAACCGUCACAACGAUGUCUUGGAUUUAUUGCGCGAGAUGCAGGCUUCUGGUUUUAGGCCUAAUUCAGUAACUCUUUCAAGUGUUCUUCCCUCUCUUUCCUUCUUUUCGAACCUCCUGGGAGGGAAGGAGGUCCACGGCUACUGCAUCAGGAAUGAAUGUGAUCAGAACGUCUAUGUGGCAACUGCGCUCAUUGACCUGUAUGCCAAGGCUGGGUUCCUCGAGGGAGCUCAAAGGCUCUUCGAGGGAACCAAGGUUAGAAGUGUCAUUGUUUGGACUGCAAUCAUAUCGGCCCAUGCAGCUCAUGGAGGCGCUGAUGCUGCACUCUCUCUGUUUGUUGGGAUGCUCGAUGCUGGGAUUAAGCCAGACUCUGUGACUUUCACUGCAGUGCUCUCUGCUUGUGCUCAUGCCGGGGUGGUAGACAAGGCUCGCCAAAUUUUUGAUGCUAUGUUGCUGGAACAUGGAAUUUCUCCAGCAGUUGAGCAUUAUGCUUGCAUGGUUGGAGUCCUUAGCCGCAAAGGGAUGCUUAAAGAAGCUGUGGAGUUUAUUGAUAAGAUGCCCUUUGAGCCAAAUGCGAAGGUAUGGGGUCCAUUGCUCAAUGGAGCAGCGAUGUUUGGCGAUGUCGAGCUUGGGCGGUUUGUGUUUGACCGGUUAUUUGAGAUCGAGCCAGAGAACACAGGGAAUUACAUUGUCAUGGCUAAUUUGUAUUCGAAGGCUGGGAAAUGGGAGGAAGCCGACAUGGUGAGGGAUAAGAUGAGGGGAACUGGUCUGGCAAAGAUUCCAGGUUGUAGUUGGAUUGAAAUGAGCGAUGGGUUGCAGGUCUUUGUAGCUCGAGGUACAUCAAAUAGGUGCUCUGAAGAAAUCUAUGUUGUGCUUGAAGGACUGGUUAGAUUAAUGACAGAAGAGGGUUACGUUUCAAGUUGUGCAUUGGAUGAGGAGAGUGAUUGUUGAAAGCCAUUGGACUGCAGUUGAGCAUCAGAGGACUCUCAUCUUUUUCUCAAAGCACUGCUUAUGGAAUUGCUAUUAUCUUCAUCACUUUGAAGCCCUGAACUGGCUGAACUUGUUCUGGACUGCAUGCAUGCUAGAUUUAGCUAUUUGACUAGUCUAUGUCCUCGGUCUAUAGGUCCUGGUAAUCUUUGAAGGAUCAAUCUCAUUGCUUCCCUAAACAAUGAGAAACCCUUGGAGUCGUAAUGGUAAUCGAAGGAUACUGGUGGCUGGCAAAAGUUAAAAAGAUUAGUUUUUAUGUUUUACUGGACAGUAAAACCUCUGAAAACAGAGGGUAUCAUAUGGAUGAACAAGGUUGAAGCAUGAGAAAUGAGAAAGUCCUUGAAUUGUA